GUGCACAUGUUAUACUUAGGUUUGUAUACGAAAAUAUAACAAGAAAUAAAAAGAUCAGAUAUGGGGAGGCAUUUGGGAUCCAAGAUCACUGAGUGGGUCUAAAUCAAUCAAUCUAAGGAAAGUUAAAAUGGAAUGGAGUCAAAUUGUCGAAAGAUAGGAUAGAAUAGAACAGAGUUAAUCUACAAAAAAGAACACCUAAAAUGAAAUUAAUUUGCAUUAAAAAUGUUGAAAUAGAAACAUAAAGUGAUACAAAAGUUUAAGACUGAUAUUGACAGGGCAAAAAAAUUGCAAAUGGGAGCAAAUAAAAAUACAAAAUAUGGUUUAAUUAGUGCAAGAUCCAUCUAUGGACUCAACACAUCAGAAGGAAGAAACUAUUUUCAACUAAUGCUAUGAUCUUUUUAGGAGAAACUAAUACUAUGUUGGUAUUAUAGGGAUAUAGGUAGGAAAAAUAUUAUUUGUGGUGCAUAUAAAAUACAUUUAUAUCUUCUAAAAGAAUUACAUUUAUACAGUACUUAUUUAUAUAGUCUUAGGGUUGUAUAGUUAAAAAAAUGUAAACAAGAUCAAUAAAUACAACAAGGUAUAAAAAAAAUAACAUAAAAAAUAAACUAUAAAUAAUAACAUUGAUUACGCCAUUACAGUAAUUAAGCUAAACAAUAAGCGCAAUAUGCGGGUCAAUCCAAACACUAAAGGACGUUAACAAUUUGCUAAUCAAACAAACUUUACCCGGUCAAAAAGUCCCAUGUAUUACUAUGAUUAUCAUAUAUAAUAUUAAACUUGGGAUACUUAUAUUGAAGUCUAUCCGGCAUGUCUAUCCAACUUUGCAAGCAUGCACAUGGCAACAACGAAUAUUAAUUCUUGAAUUAGUACUAUGAUACUCUCUAUUUUUGUUUUAGUCAUUUUCUUAACAGAUACUAAGUCAUCAUUUGUACUGUUCUCUGUUUGUUGGUCCUGAAAAUGAAAGUUUUAUGAUAGAUUAUGUUUUUCAUUAUUACACAAUGGGAAUGUCUUGGCUCUUAUGCCGUCCCAAGGUAUGACCAAGUAAGUCAAAUUGUGAAUGCCCUUUAAAAAAAACAAGGACAUGCAACACUCUGCUAUGUAACAUGGGUCCCCCAAUAAUUGAAUCUAGAAAAAGGAAUGUCACAAAAUUUGUAGUUUCGCAGAGAACAUAAUAUUAAGGUUGCAAAUUUUGAUGUUUGCCAAUAGCACAACCACCUAUGAAAAAUAGGAGUGGAUCUGCACAUAAGAUGUUACUGGAAUUUAUUGCUGGCAUUUUAACAACAAUGGUUGGGGCCUUACUCUAUUGCCUCUUCUGGAGAAAGGUCAUUCCAUUUCUUAAGCAACGAAAGACUUUGAAAGGAAAGGAACAUGAUAAAAUAUCAUUAAGGUAUUUUGAUUUUAAGGAACUAGAGAGAGCAACCAAAAAUUUUAGCCAAGAUUGCUUGCUAGGUUCUGGUGCAUUUGGAAAUGUCUACAAAGGAACCUUUGACUUAGAAGGAACACUAGCCAUUAAGAGAGCUCAUUCUGAAUCAUUCUCAAGUGUGGAAGAAUUCAGAAAUGAAGUUAGGCUCCUCUCAGCUGUAAGGCACAGGAAUCUUAUUGGUUUGAUUGGAUAUUGUGAAGAACCAGAACGACAUGGAGCCAAAAUCCUAGUCUAUGAAUAUGUUCCAAACGGUUCACUGCUUGAGUACAUCAUGGGAAACGAAACGAGCUUAACUUGGAAGCAAAGACUAAACAUAGCAAUAGGAGCAGCAAGAGGCAUAGCUUAUUUGCAUGAAGGGGUGAAACCAAGCAUUAUUCACCGUGACAUCAAACCAAGUAACAUCCUAUUAGCGGAAGGUUUUGAGGCUAAGGUCUCAGAUUUUGGGCUAGUAAGAUCAGGGCCAACUGGUGAUCAGUCACAUGUCAGCAGCCAGAUUAAAGGGACACCAGGGUACCUUGACCCUGCCUAUUGUUUAAGCUUUCAUUUGACCAAAUUCAGCGACGUCUAUAGCUUCGGUAUCAUACUUUUGCAACUUGUUUCAGCUAGACCUGUGGUGGAUUCCACUGUAAACCAAAGUAAUCAACAUAUUAUUGACUGGGCAAGGCCAAGCUUAGAGAAGUGUAGUGUUGAAGAAAUCAUAGAUGCAAAUCUACUAUGUCAAAGUGAGCCAUGCAACAUGGAAGUUAUGCUAAAGAUGGGGCAACUUGGUUUAAGAUGUGUGGUUGAAGAACCAAAACAUCGCCCAACAAUGAGCCAGGUGUGUCAAGAACUAGAGCAAGCCCUCUACUCAGCUAAUGAUAGCUUCAAUAACAAGAAAUCUUCAAAGGGAUUCCUUACACCAAUUGGCUCAUCCCAACAAUCAACAAAGUCGGAGACUCGGCGAUCAGUUGAAUCAUACGAUUGUUCACAAAGCUUUGUUAGUAUUGACAGUGUUGGAUUACAGAAAUUUCAUGUUGAUAUGGAUAGUUUCUCCUUUAAGAGCACAGACUUAAGGUGCUUAGAAAAUAAUAGUAUUAGUAUUGACAUGGAUAGAGUAUAACAGUACUAGCUUUGGCAUUGACAAGAACAAUUUGAGGAGAAUACAAGAGAAAUGAGAUCAUAUGUAAGAUAUGACCUUAAGUGAAUCACAUUCAUCACUCUUUUUCCUA